UACGUAUAUGUGGGGCACGGUCACGUAAAAAGUCACGUAUGAAAAAAGGAACGCGUUUCUUUCCUUCGGUUUCCUUACUUUUCCUUGCGGUAAAUAUUCCCAGAAUUUCCCUGCCAUCACUAACCGCACCACACCCUUUUUCUACGCGCACCAUUGGUUUACUCUUUAUUUUUUAUCCUGGCGUAUAUCUCAUACUGGUGGCGGCCACUUCCAUGGCAUCUGCAACCACUGAGGUCCCCAAUACCUAUCCUAAGAACUAUAUCUUAAACGCUGUAUGCUGAUGCAUGUUCGAUACAAUGAGGUUGAUAACUCUCUGUCCGCUGAGCAAACAUAGCCAAGUAACCCUCUGAGGGCAAUCAAUGUACCCGUUGGCCAGGGAAACAGACAGAGCACUGCACUGACCUCCUCCCAACGGGUAAGCGUCAGAUCCUACAAGGAAUCGACGGCAGCCACCCAGAUAAGUAACGAUUCACAGAGGCCCCAUUUCUCCUGUGCCUAAGGCGCCCACACACUCGCCUGACCAUGUAUUAUUGCCUUGUUACUCCCCCGACCAUGUAUUUCCUUGUCUUGGACUCCAAAUUGGAAUCCCACGACUGUACAAACCAAACAGAAAACACAACGGCAAAUCUCGGUCGGUGGUUGAGGUUCAUAAUGGAGAUCAACCCAACGUCCUCCCCAACCCCCAACUC